AAUACAUCACUUGCCGUGAUUGCCUCAUAUGAUGUCCUCCCAUUCUCUGCGCAUGCGUGGCGAUGCACUGUGUCCCUCGGACACAGCGGAUCACCGAUCAUUGAUCAUCAGGGCACUGAUGAUCAGUGUGCCUUGAUGAUCAGUGUAGCCCCAGCAGUGCCAGCUGUCAGUGUCCACCCAUGCCACAUCAAUGCCACAUAUCAGUGCCUACCAGUGCACAUCAAUGCCACAUAUCAGUGCCCAUCUGAGCUGCCUUUCAGUGCCACCCAUCAAUGCCAAUCAGUGCCACCUAUCAGUGCUGCCAAUCAGUGCCACCUAUUAGUGCGCAUCAGUGCCGCCUAUCAGUGCCAUGUAUCAGUGCUGCCUUUCAGUGCCCAUCAGUGAUGCCUGUCAAUGCCCAUCAGUGCCACCUAUCAGUGCCACCUAUCAGUG